ACAUUGAAGAUUUACUUAACAAUGAUUGGACGACGCUUGAACUACGUCAUAUCCAGGUUUCGUGUCUAGUGUCUUGUUUCUCAGUCUGAAUAUACGAAGGAAGAGAGACGUGGUCUACUUUUGUGUGCGGCGAAUGCUUUUUUUUAUUUAUUUAUUUUUUCCGUUAAAAUGCCGUUUAACAUUAACGACUGUUCAACCGCAUCGGAGAUUUUGAUGCUCUUGCCGUAGCAACAAGAUUUCUCGUAGUCAUGGCAACUUCCAUCCAAACUUGUCUUCCCAGCAACACUUGUAAACACGAGAUACCUCUCAAGUCAUCUACCAGGAGUCCAAACUUCCUACGUUAUGGAUAUUCGAGUAUGCCAAGACCUAAUUCAGCUCAUCGGAAAAGUGCUGUUGAACGUCUUGAAGAAAGCAAAGCUAAUUAUGUUAAAUCAGAAUGUGUUUUAGAUUCAAAACAAAAAUUUAAAAACAGUUCACAUCUGCAAGUAAGCAUUGGGCCACAACUAAAUGUUUUGAGAAAGGGACCAUUAAAACAUUAUCAUAGUCAUGAUUUAUCUCUUCUAAAGUCACAAACUAAUUUCUCCAUCCAUGAUCCUGAUCAGAACCAAAGUUUAAAUUCACAAGAACAUCAGCAAAUGAUUAUAUAUUCAAAAUCACAAGGUCCCAUUAGGGCAAGAGCUAAAUCUCAAUCAGAGGUUAGAGAUUCACAAAACAGGAGGAAACUUUCCUUUCUUAGUCAUGGCAGUGGAAAAUCUAACGAUGAAUUUGGUGAUUUGGAAUCACAGUUAAAACGUCUCAUAUCUUCAAAUUCAAAAGAAAAUAUUAAUUUAAUUUCAACUUCAAAUUUUUCCAUUCCAUCCAAAAUACACACAGAGGGACCAAAAGUCCAUCGUGGGUUUUCAGAUCCAAUUAAAAAAGAUAGUAAUCUUAUGCCAAGACAUGCCCAAGAAAGAAAUUAUAACAUUCAUAAAAGUUUACCUGAUUUGUCUCCAUCAUUACAUGAACCACUUGAUAAAGAAGAAACACCAUCUUCUGAAAGUUCAGAUGAUUCUCUUUUCUGGCAAGAUAAAGCAGAAUUAGAUAUGAAUUUAUCAUCAUGUCCUAUUUCAAAUAAUUCAUCUUAUAAAUAUGACUCUUUAAUUGAUCAGGAAGAAAUGUAUGUAGAUUGUCUUCGAAAUGAUUGUCCUGUAACUGAAAUUAAUAAUGGUGCUGAUACAUUACAGUCUUUAAGGAGAGAAUGGAAUAGUGAUACUAUUCGUAGAAACAUUGUUAGUAGAUCAAAAUCUGAUGUAAGUCACAGGUAUUCUAAAAUUCAGACAGAACAUGUGCCAAGGAGGAAUAGUUAUUGUACAGCAGAACUUGAAAGGUUUUUUGACAUGAUGGGACUUGAUACAAUGGUAUGGCAUAACAUUACAUCUCCAACACACCUAUCAAGUCCUCCACGAUUUUUUGACAGUGUUAGUUCCAUUAAUUCAGAUGAUCAUCGAUCAAGUAUCUGUAGUGAAGAUUCAUUUUCUGAAAUUCCACGAGAAGGUUUAACUAAUAGGGAUCUUCGAGAACAUGGACCUAUUGAAACAUCAAUUGUGGAAAAAAAUGCAAGAGUAAUCAAAUGGCUUUAUAACUGCAGAAAAGCUUUAAAAGAACCUGGCUCGUGAUUCUGGCUGCUAAACAGUAUUUGUAUAUUUGACAAGUUUAUGAAGAAAAGAAAAUUUUGAAACUACUUCAUAGUGGAUAUGAA